UUCGAAAUCCGUUAAGCCGGUCUAAAGAGGUCUUCACUUCUUCACCGAUAGUGAGUUGAACAUACUCCACCAAUAUGUCAGAAGAAAGAGAAAAUAAGCAUGAUUCAGCUGUUUCUAAAGAGCAGCAAAAGAACCCGCAUCAGCUUCACAUUGAUCCUCCAGAGCUGAAGUCCACACUGAAGAUCAAGAAGAAUGUGAUAACAGAGGAAUAUAAACUAUCGGGUCCAGUGCUCGGGAUAGGCAUCAACGGCAAGGUCUGGGCAAUAUUCCACAAGAAAAGUGGCGAAAAAUAUGCCUUAAAGAUGCUGCAGGACACCCCUAAGGCUCGACGAGAAGUGGAGCUUCACUGCAGGGCAUCGAGUUGUCCUCGUAUUGUAGGAAUUGCAGAUGUCUUUGAGAAUUUCUACCAAGGCAAAAAGUGUUUGCUUCUCAUCAUGGAGUGUAUGGAUGGAGGAGAACUCUUUUGCCGCCUUAAGGAACGUGGCGAUCAAGCUUUCACUGAAAGAGAAGCAUCUGAGAUAAUGAGAAGUAUUGGAGAAGCUGUUGAGUUCCUGCAUGGUAAUAACAUUGCUCACAGAGACCUCAAGCCAGAGAAUUUGCUGUACACAUCAAAGCAGCCUGAUGCCCGGCUCAAGCUCACAGACUUUGGAUUUGCCAAAGAGACCACAACCAACAACUGCUUGACCACGCCUUGCUAUACACCUUACUUUGUGGCUCCAGAAGUGCUUGGUCCAGAGAAAUAUGAUAAGUCAUGUGAUAUGUGGUCAUUAGGAGUCAUCAUGUACCUCCUGUUGUGUGGAUAUCCACCGUUCUACUCAAACCAUGGCUGGCCAAUAUCACCAGGAAUGACGACUCGGAUACGGAAUGGCCAGUAUGAAUUCCCUAACCCUGAAUGGUCAGAGGUGUCAGAGGAAGCAAAGCAGCUAAUUUGCCAUUUAUUGAAAACUGAUCCUACAGAGAGAAUGGCCAUCACAGAGUUCAUGAACCAUCCUUGGAUCAAUAAGUCAAUGAAGGUUCCUCAGACUCCUCUACACACGAGUCGAGUUCUUACAGAAGAAAGUAAUGUCUGGGAAAAAGUCAAGGAAGAGAUGACUAAUGCCUUGGCAACAAUAAGAGUGGACUACGAGCAAAUAAAGAUCAAAGCCAUUGAGAACUCGUCCAACCCUCUCCUUGUGAAGAGAAAACAGAGAAUGAUGACUGCAACAAAAGAAGCACCAGGACAGUGACAAACACAUUUGCAUGAGGACAUGUGUAGCUCUUUAACACUUAAAGGGAUAGU